GGCAACGGAGCGCGCGACUCUUCAGCGGCUGAUUGGGCAGCGGCCUCCCCGGGGGCGGCUCCGCUCCCCAAGGCCGAGGGUCCGAUUGGCCUCUUCCCGGCGCGGGAUCAGCAUGACCCGGCGCAUGCGCCCUGCGGCGACGCUGGCUUCCCCUCAGGCAGGGCGGCAAGCGCCCGUUUAAAGCGGGGCGCACGGAAAGCGAUGGCGGCGGACGGGGUUCCGCUGACGGAGGAAAGCAUCCGCGAGAGAGUCUGCCUGACGCACCAGAAUCUCGGUGACCGACGAGCGGGGGGUGGGGAGAACUGACAGACGGAGCUUUCAAACCAGGCGCCCUGACUGGCUGUUGGAUCCGUUAAUCAGGCGGCAAAAAGGGCGGGUUGGUGUACUGCGCGCGGAGGGGGCUGGACAAGGGGUGCGCGCUGUCCUAUCGGAGAGGCGGAGGCUCUUGAUUGGCGGGUCGAUCCUCUGUCCAGUAGGGGGCGAUGUAUGUGUCAGCGUUGAUGUGUCCACCGGGAAACCUUCCUAGGCUUCGCGCAGGCGCAGCCAGCGUGGUGCUGCUGCUGCUGCUCUUGUCUCUCGCAAUCAUUAUAAUAUCAAAUACAGUCGUGUAUAAAUAAAGCAAACACCAAGUAGGGGAGUUGUGGUCCGUUAAUCCCUGGAGUGGCUCUCCUUGUCUUAUUAGGAGAUCCCUUGCACGGUGCAGAAGCAGCCUUUGUGGGCAUCUACGAGCUGAAGUGGUCACACUCUUUACUGGGGUUCAAAAGGGCUCCCCCAGGAGUGAGUUAACAUUUGCAUCAGCCCACACUUCUGGAAUGCACAUUCAGAAUUUCUUCAAAAGAGAAAGGCACAAUACUUUGCAGCAGUGUUUCCCAUCAUACACUUCCUUUUCUGAAUUAAAAUAGAAAUACUGCAAAUAAAUGUAGAAUGUGCUACUCCAGGUGUUAUUAGAUAGCUCAUCCUUACACCUGAAAUAAUUUAGGACAGAGAUGACUAAACUGGGUCUCUGUCGCCAUAUUCCAUCAUCCCUCAUGAUUGGCCAUGCUGGCUGGGGAUGAUGGGAGUUGGAGGCUAGCAACAUUGGGGAGCCACCUGGAGAGUGGGGGGGGAUAAGAAUUAAGCUCUCUUCCACCCAGCCUCAGAGGAGUGUAUUUUGUACCCCAACUGGUAAAAGGCAAAGCCAAAGCACUCCCUUGUGUGAAGAAGAAACAACAUGAAUUUAUUCUGAAGCUGGAUAGGUAUUUGAUUUGGAAGUACUUCAAUGCCCUAGUUAUGCGAAGAAUGACAAUAACUGCCUGUCCCCAGUGAGACCAUUUGGAAGGAGACGAGACCAGAACAGAGAUGCAGUAGACUCAAAGGAACCAUUAAUUAUGGGAUCAAUUUAUUUAUUGGAUUGAUUACAUGAAGCGUCUGUAUUGAUAGCAUCUUUUGUUGUAUCUGUUCCAACUCUUGAACUGGGCAAAAGGUUUUGCACAACUUCAAAAGUUUCAUAUACCUUUUUAAAAGUAAAAAUCAAGUCCAAUCCAAUAUUGCACUUUGCCAAUUUUCUAUCUCUUGUUCUCUGGAGCCAUCAGAAAAUCAACUUUCUGUUUUUAGCCUUUUAGGACUUGGGACCCACCUUCAGUUGCAUUCUGAAAUGUAGGCUACGCUUAAUAUUUUGUCAGUGCAGUGCAAGUCUGGUUUCCGCCACCCUGUUUCCUUCCUAUUCUCUUUUUCUUCCUUGAUGGACACUUCUUCUAAACACUUUGAUCCACGCUAUUAUCAUGAAAUACGUUGUUCCUUAUCUUAAGUGCCAUCGGAAUGAAUUAUUAAACUCUCAAUAAUUUUCUCAUUCUAGCUGAUGUCCGGUCAUUGUCUCUUCCUGGAACUUACCAUGAAAAGAUUAGUCAUUUAGGAAACUCAAUGGAAAAUUUUAUUCAUCUAAAAUCACUUGACCUUUCACGCAAUGCAUUGACUACCUUGGAGGUAAGGCAUAUUUGGGGCUUUGUAUGUUUUACAUUGUAGAUCUAUUGAAUUAAACAGUUUUGUAAGCGAAUUAACAUUUCAGACAUGGUUCACCCAGUUUGCAUAGGAUUGGUUAUUUUACCCUGUGCUGGUUUACAACUAUAAACAGUCUGUAAAAAGAUAAAACCUCACCCACGAUGUCUAAAUCCCUUGAGAAGGAAGGUACCAUAUUUCAGUGGUCCAGCACAGGUUAAAAAACAUGCCACUGCCAUUCAGAUUAGACAAUACAGUGGUACCUUGGGUUAAGUACGUAAUUCGUUCCAGAGGUCCGUUCUUAACCUGAAACAGUUCUUAACUUGAGGCGUGCUUUUGCUAAUGGGGCCUCCCGCUAGCGGGCAAUUUCCAUUCUUAUCCUGGGGCAAAGUUCUUAACUCAAGGUACUAUUUCUGGGUUAGCGGAGUCUGUAACCUGAAGCGUAUGUAACCUGAAGCGUAUGUAACCCGAGGUACCACUGUACUGAGCUAGAUGCACCCAGGGGUGAAGGAAAGCUCUCCGGCACCUGGUGCGGGGUGUUGAGGGGCAAGUAGUGGGGCAUUAUAACUUAACAAUUAUCUAAGGUACCCUAUUCAGAUUAAGCAACUGCUUCUUUUGGAUAUAGAUUAUAUAUCUGUGGAUGUGGUUGCACAGAGUACUUAGCCCAUUAUUUAUUGUUUGAUCCAUUAUAUGACUCUUUCAGAGUGAAAUUUCCAUCCCACUAUAUGUGGUCAAUGGGAUGCGGGUGGCACUGUGGUCUAAACCACAGAGCCUAGGGCUUGCCGAUCAGAAGGUCGGCGGUUUGAAUCCCUGCAACGGGGUGAGCUCCCGUUGCUCGAUCCCUGCUCCUGCCCACCUAGCAGUUCAAAAGCACAUCAAAGUGCAAGUAGAUAAAUAGGUACCACUCCGGCCGGAAGGUAAACGGCGUUUCCAUGCCCUGCUCUGGUUCGACAGAAGCGGCUUGGUCAUGCUGGUCACAUGACCCGGAAGCUGUACGCCGGCUCCGUCGGCCAGGAAAGCGAGAUGAGCGCCGCAACCCCAGAGUUGUCCGCGACUGGACCUAAUGGUCAGGGGUCCCUUUACCUUUAUAUGUGGUUAAUACAGGAUAGUGUGUGAUACUUGCUUUUAGAUCGCUAUGAGUGUAUCAAGUAGCAUUAUUUGCUGCUGCAGUUAGGAAAGUUUGAGCUUUAAAGAAAGUGUCAGUGGAUUGCAAAAGUGUUCACUAAUCUUAGUAAGCAGAAAGAAUUCACUGAAUGGUUUAUUUUAGCUAUGCUUUCUUUCGUUAAACGAAAAUUGGGUGGCUCAGUGGCUCAUGUUUUUACAUCUUAGCUUUAGUUAUUUAACUUGCUUAGCACUGUUUGCAAUUGUCUGUGGCUACAAGCAAUAAGUACUGAUUUAUGCACAGUUUACUGGAGUUGUAAGAUGGGAAUAAACAUAAAAUUGCUUUUUAACCAUUUGUUAACAGGGUCUUCAACAUCUUACAUGCCUAGAAAAGCUCAAUCUUUACUUCAAUUACAUUUCCUCGUUGUCGGAAGUAUUUCGACUCCACAGCUUAACUGCACUCAAGGAUGUGGAUUUCCGGCUGAAUCCUGUUGUUAAAAAUGAAUCUGAUUAUCGUCUUUUUGUCAUUCACAUGCUCCCGAAUCUCAGGCAGUUGGGUGAGUAAGAUGACACAACAGAGCCAUGUUAGUACCUAUUGAAAAGAAAAAGAAAAAGGUGAUGAAAAUAUUUUGGCUGCCCAGCUAUUCCCAAAGCUGGGAAAUAUUUUUUUAUCAUCUCAUGUUACUUUUUUAAGGCAAGCAACUAAAUGUAGAAUGUGAAUGCAGUAAAUAGAUUUUUGAAAGUACAUGUAUCAUAUACACAUGCACACAUCUGGAAACAAGGAUGUCUGCUGCUACUCGUUGAGGGUACAUUUUGUGGCCAAGCUGUUUCUUCUUGUUUUUGUUUUGCUGUGUGGCCAAAAUCUCUGUUUAAACGAAGUGCCAUAAUUCCCUUUUGCUGCUUACCUUCUUUCUCGUUUCCUAUGUAUGCAUUUUCUGAAAAACUGACAGAUAGUUUGACAAGUAAUGCCAAGGUUGCAGGUUUGAUCUGCAUAUUCCUGCAUUGCAGGAGGUUGGAUGAGAUGGUACGCAAGGUCCCUUCCAACUCUAUCCAACUCUAUUAUUCUAAAGAUAAAGGUAAAGGGGCCCUGACCAUUAGGUCCAGUCAUGGCCGACUCUGGGGUUGCGGCGCUCAUCUCACUUUAUUGGCUGAGGGAGCCGGCGUACAGCUUCCGGGUCAUGUGGCCAGCAUGACUAAGCCGCUUCUGGCGAACCAGAGCAGCGCACGGAAACGCCGUUUACUUUUCCGCCGGAGCGGUACCUAUUUAUCUACUUGCACUUUGACAUGCUUUCGAACUGCUGGGUUGGCAGGAGCAGGGACCGAGCAACAGAAGCUAUACCAAAUCCAUUUGUAGUAUUCUUGCCUUUUUAUAGGGAAGCUUUGCAAAUUGUAUCCAAAUUCUUUGCAUUUGCUCAAAGGGGCCAGUCCUGUUUCCUGUUCUCUGUUGGUCCUGUCUUGUCCCAUCCCACAAAUACUUCAGUGCCUUUAAGAUGCUUUUCACCUGAAGGUGGGUUUGGGAACUGUCAGUCAUGAAGUAGAAGGGAGAGGUGGCUGGGAGUCAGAAAUCCAACCUCCAAGUGGUAACAGACAGCCUUGAUGGCUGUUGAAUCUUGGCAAAGAGCCUGCCUUCUUUUCCCUUGCAAGGUAAAAAUUUCUGAGCAGUGUAAAGAAAUCAGGACUUUGAGGUUGACUUUCUUAGUUACAGUGUGCAUGUGUAUACGCAAUGGCAAAAACAUGUAAUAAAUGAACUGGGGGGAAAGGGAGUAGGUCCAGUAGGAGAAUUUAUCAUGGUUCUCCUAUCAAAGUUCCUGUGAGUUCUACCAUUCAUUUGUAAUUGGAAAGCUAGCACAGUUAGAUUAUCAUAGAUUCGAUGGGAAGGGAAAGGUGACUUCAGUUUACAGAGUCUUGAUUCUGAAUGAUUAAAGAGCCAAACCAAGACCAUAAAGCAAUCAUUUGAACAAUGUCACAGUCAUAGUAGUUUGUGAAUGAAAGGGAGCUUUAUUCUGUUUGACGGUUACAUUUCAAUAUUUUUUGUAAAUGUGAUAUCAUUAGACGUCCUCAUAACGCACACCUUGCUCUACGUGGCAGCUAUAUACAUAAAUACUUGGAUAAGAAAAUAGUUUUCUUCUUUGUUUCCUGCUUAAUUUCUGUUGACAGGAUACUUACCUACAUUUACACAAACCCAUGCAGUUCUUGGCAGUCUUACUCAGGGAUAGUUUUGGAGACCCUUCUACCUGGUGAAACAAAUGCAUUCAGUUGUUUCUGGAAGUUACAGAUCAUGGGUACCUGUAGAUACUGUUGGCACUAAACCGGAGCAGUGGCGCUGAAAGCCCUGCUCUGAGUUGCUGUGCAUAGCUGCGGUCUUGAGUGAGCUGACAGUGCCUGGGGCGCACAUGCGCUGGUACGUGCCUGGGAGUGCCAAGGGGGUGCUCGUGCGACACGGCAUGGAGGGUGAAGGAGCCCGUUGCAGCACCCCAGCGCUCACCUCUGACCCCGUUGCAGUGAUCCUGCUCCACACUGUAGCCCACAGGCUAGCACUGUGCCGCCUGGCUGCCCCUGCUUGGGGGAGCCCAGCUGACGUGGCACUUGGCAGGCCGAACCAGGCACCUCCACGCUGGCGCCCCCAGUGCAGCCCAGCCCAGUUCUCCUUUCCAUGAGCAUUGGUUCCUCCAACACCAGGAGAGGAGUGCCGGCCCACACUUGGGGUGCCUGCAUAAAGACACCUGCUUCACGCCCCCUCAAAAAUCCGCACCCAGGGCCACAUCCCUCUGGCACCCCCCAUGCAAUGCCCCUGGUGCAUAGAGCUGCUUUAUGGUGUGAAAAUUAAAAAGAAAUCAUUCGUCUCCCAUUUCUUUCUCUUACUUGCAGUACCUCCCCUUCUUGGUUCGCAGUGUUAUGAAAGAUACCCUGGACCCUUUAUUUUCAUUAUUAACCAGAAGGGGCUAUGGCUCAGAGGGCUGAAUUGACAAGCAUCUCUUGGUGGCGUCUGUCUCUGUGCCACUAGGAUAUUGUUCUGACAAUUUCCGCCUGAGUUUUACAGACUGAGGGAGCAAAUCAGUACCUUCUUUUACACUGUGCCAUUCUCCCCACGUUUUGGGGAAAAGUUUUUUGAAUUAUUCGGAUUAUUUUAUACUCUGCUUUCACACUUGACUUAUAGUGACUCACUGCUUGAAAAUAUUUCAAAAGUUAAAUGAAUAGAACUAUAAAAUACCUGUACAUGUAUUUUGUCCUGGAAGGCAACACUUUAUGCUUGGUAAUUGUUUUUAAAAACUUCAAUAAAGUUUGUAAAAAAAGAAACUUAAAUAUUAAAACCCAGAUAAUGUUCAAAAUAGGUCAGAACACAUAUUUUAAAUGUUGUAUGUAGGGUCACCAUGAACUUAAUCCAGUCGAUUGCACCAGAUUUAGGCAUGAGGGGGAGGGAAGAGAAUCAUCAGAGUUAUCUAGUUAGCCUCUUGCCAGUGCAGGAAAUCUACUACAUUCCUGAUAAGUGGCUAUCAAGCCUCUGUUUGGAAACCUCUUAACGAAGCAGAGACUGCCACCUUCCAAGGCAGUCUGUUCAUAUUAUUGGGAAGUUCUUCCUAAUGUAUAGACUAAGCCUUCAUCUUUGAAUUUGAACCCAUUGGUUUAGUUUCUGCCUUCUGGAGCUGGGUUGCCAACAUGGCUCCUGUGGGUGCAGAGGUGCCCUUGAAGUCUUCUCCCUGUACCUGCAGAAUCUCAGAAACCACCUCCCUCUGCGCUCACUGUUCCCUUCAAGACACAAGGGCAGUUGCCACAAGGUGUACAAUUGUGUGGGGGUUUUUAAGAAAAAACUUUCAUCUUAUAAAUUUGGGAAUAUUCUAGUAUUGAAUUUGCAAAUGUUCUCCUUGCAUGCAGACCAUCAUAAACACAUUUUCUUCCCUUUUGGGUUGUAUUUUUUUAUUUUUUUUUUAGAUGAUCGUCCUGUGAGAGACAGUGAGCGAAAAGCAUCCCUUUUACAUUUCUCUACAGAUCAUGCUUAUAGAUUCAGGAAGCCUCCACUGGUAACAAGAUGGACUGAAACGGAAAGGUAGGACCAGAACAAGGGUUCAAGCAACUGUAAUCAUGUGAUUGUGGAAAUAUCUGGAAAUUGGGACAGGAUCCAAAGGGCUGCCUGAGGAAUUUGCGUGUGCCCCUUCCUGUCACUGUGCUGCCCCAACCCCACUGCCAAUUAGAGGACCCUCUGGAAUAACACCAGAAUGGUGUGCUGAAGCCCUUGCGCUUCUCUGAGCGCCUCUCCUGACUGCAACUCUCUGUGCUGCAUUGGAUGCAGCUUUUCGUUUGAAUCUUGGCCCUCAACUUUCAGUGCUUUAUCUCCAGAGUCUGAAAGGCUCAGCAAUGUUCAUAAAGUUACCUGUGUGUUCAUAGCUCCUGCCUGGGAUAAUUUUUUGUAGCGAGAGGGCCUCAAACUGGCUUUGUAGGCAUUACAGGUUAUCAGUUUUGAAACCAAGUGGUUUGAAUUUGAAAAGUAAUAGGGUGGGAUUCCAAGGCCUGCACAGAAAGAGAUACAUGUGCAGGGUUGUGUCUGAGGCUCCCCUUUCUGAGUGUAGUACCCCAACCCCAUACUAUCUAAGGGACUGGAGAAUCAUCUGUGGGGAGCAGCCCCUGUCACAAUAGUUGCAGUGUAAAGAUGGAGAAAUCUUAGCAUGAACAAACAUGAAACUAUUUGCUUGUGUCUUACUUUAUUUAUUCAAUUAAAAAAAUAUAAAAAUUAUGAAAUUUGUAUAUAUUGUGACAAAGUGCUUUUCAAGAAAUGUGAGAAUUAUCAAUAAAGCAGUUAAAAACAAUUAGCUAACAACUUUUCAAAAAAAAUUUAAAUCAUUAGUAACCAAAACGAGACUAAAUCAUGUCAAUGUCUGUAGCUUGCCUAAACAAAAAGGUUUCAAACAGGCGCCAGAAAUAAUACAGCAAAUGCACCUGUCUGGUGUCAAUAGGAAGGGAGUUCCAAAGUGUAGGUGCUGCCACACCAAAAUAGCUAUUUCUUACAAGUGUCGUACCAGGUAUUGCGUGGCAUCUUUAGCCCUGCCAGUUCUGCAGCCUGAAGUGGUUGACAGGAGAGCAUGUGUGGGGUAAAGUGACCCUGCAAGGUAGUCUGCUCAACAUUUUGCCCUCCAGAUGUUUUGGACCAUGACUCCCAUCAUCCCUGACAAUCAGUCAUGCUGGCUAGAUGGAAGUUGUAGUCCAGAACAACUGGAAGAUAUAAGGUGGGGCAAUUGCCUUAGACACAAGCAGUUACUUUCCUGUGAGUGCAGGGAUUUCUCAAUUUCCUUAGACCAGACUGGAGGAAGGCUGGCCGAAGGGGUUUGGUGAAGGCUUGCAAUCUGUGGGGCUUAUGGGCACAAUAGAGGAUGCAUAACUGUUCCGCCUUUCAACUGACCUGACUCCGCCAGCAGCACCUGGCAAAAAGGGAAAUCAGUAUCAGCCGCCUGGUUUUGGUUUUCUGAGCAUUUUGGUUGAACUGCCAAUGAAGAUUCAAAAGGGUAGAAGCAGCCUGGUCUAUGUGUGCCUGCCCCCCCCCCCCCCCGUGGAAACUAAAUGUAAUUGGCACUCUGGGUAGUACACCAUCGGUAGACUUGUGCAAGUCUGGUGUGCUUUGAUUCGUGUGGCAGAGUGAACAAGCUUUUGCUACCUUAACUGAUGCAGCCUGCUUCCUUCCUGCAAUUCUGCAUACCUAAGACGACAAACCCACCUUCUACAAGUAGGGCAGAUUUUCUGUGUCUCCUGCGCCAGUGGAAAACGGGAUGAUAACUGAUAAACAGUGUUCGUUAAAGAUUCGUGUGCAGCUUGUAAAGGUAAAGGGACCCCUGACCAUUAGGUCCAGUUGCGGACGACUCUGGGGUUGUGCACUCAUCUCGCUUUACUGGCCGAGGGAGCCGGUGUACAGCUUCCGGGUCAUGUGGCCAGCAUGACUAAGCCGCUUCUGGCGAACCAGAGCAGCGCAUGGAAACGCCGUAUACCUUCCCGCCGGAGCGGUACCUAUUUAUCUACUUGCACUUUGGCGUGCUUUCGAACUGCUAGGUGGGCAGGAGCAGGGACCGAGCAACGGGAGCUCACGCCGUUGCGGGGAUUCAAACCGCCGACCUUCUGAUCAGCAAGUCCUAGGCUCAGUGGUUUAACCCACAGCGCCACCCGUUGCUUAUCUGUGCCGAAGACAGAGUUAGGCACAGUUCUGGCAUAUCUGGUCUUACUUGAGGGUUGCCUUGUCGCCGAGCCAUUACAGGCCAUGCGGUUCCUUUUUCAAACAGGAGUUGUUUCAUCCUGCUUCACUCAAAGCCAGGAAUGUAGGGAUGUGCUAUGCAGACGUGGCGAAUAUCCAAGUACUUGGUCUUCAUUUACAGCUUGAGCUGUAACUAUGUUUGCUUUCUAUGGCACAGGAAGUCUCUGAAAGGCUUAAAACCUCUGUUAGAUCUUCUGAGUCUUAAUCCUUAAUCAGGCUAACUGACCUACUUUCCCUUGUCAAAAGUGUGUUAAUUAGAAUUAGAUUAUGAGCUCUCCAUGGCUGUCUUUGGAUAUCACCACUUUAAAAAGCAACCCUGGUACAGCGGCCCUGUGGAGGCCAACAUUCAGCCUCUCUCCUGGAGGCAUGCAAGUCCUCUUGGCUACUCAGGUGAUUUGAGUCUGCAGCAGAGAGAGUUGCCUGUCUGUGGAGGCUCCCCACAAGCUCCUCGGUCAUGCAGGAAGCCUCUAUGGGCACGCAAGGCUCCCCACUUGACAGCUUUGCUCAGGUUACCUGAGUGUUGGAUGCAUGGCCCGGGGGGGGGGGGCUAAGCUAACAUCCCUGCAACCCAUUUAGGGCAGCAGUGCCUGAAGAGCGCUCUUGUUUUGUUUCUUGAGAUACGUUUUUCUCUCAAAUGAAAACUUAAACAAGGUAUAAAAAGCAUGCCAUUUUCCCACUGCAGUUCUGCCCAUCCAAGAGUUGAAUACAUUAACUUCAUGUCCAAAAAGUGCUUGGUGAUGGAUAAAGAUGAUGAGGCGGUCCUGAACCUCAUUACAAAGUGUGAAUGGAACUUAAGUAAGCCUCCAGGAAUAACUGGAUCGGCCGAAAGUCACCCCAAAGUUGAAUUCCACGAUUUAAACAGUAUGUGAUUUGUUUGUUACUUUUCUCAUGUUGUCUUCAAUAACAGGCUAGUUCAUGUCAGGGUGGAGCCCCAGGCUUCUGGGUUGUAUAGUAGUUUUAAAUGCUCACCGAUCUAUUUCAUAGUUGGGAAUUUAUUACUUGUUUGGUAGAAAUCCCUCUCUUCAGUAUCCAUUCUGAUGUUAUGUGAUGAUGUCACAAUGUAGGCUUGGGGCCUUAGACCAUCCUGCGAUACCAUUGAGAUAAAUGGAAGUUUUUUUUUGCAGUCUGCCGUCUCAAAACACCCAACCACUGCCUUUGUAUUUCUACCCCACUGAGCCAAGGUUGGGAUUUGGAGUGGAAGAAGAGCCUAACUGGAUCAGGCCCAAGUCCUUUUAGUUCAGCAUCCUGUUUUCAGCAGUAGCCAACCAGAUACUUUUAAACACAUUUUAAAAACCAGUUUUUAAAGGUCUGCCUAAAAACAGAUGUAGGGUGGAAUAUUCUACUUUGCAUGAGUGUUCCAAAUAUAUGGGGCCACUACUAAAAAGGCCCCUUUUCUAGUUCCAACCAAGCUGAUGAUGGAGCCUUAAGGCAGCUAAUUCAGGAGGCAAGAACCAAAAAAAAAAGGACAGAAGAAAGCUUUUUUUAAAAAGUAAACAACCUUAGGAAGGCAAAAAGAGCAAAACACAUCAGAAAAUAGAAAGGACAGCAAAUCACACAAAGCAGAAAACUCACAAAGGCGGAGCCAUAGUAAAAGUGACGACCUUGGAAUGGAAAUUAUAUAGGGCUGUGGUAUAUUGUAUGGGUUUCUGUAGAUUAAUUUACCAUUUAAAUCUAUUUCUUGAGGUAUUCACAAAAUAGAAGAUAAUACUAAGAGGCAUCGAAAGCCAGGAGCGUCUCCACCACGGCUUGUCUUGUUGCAGAAUUGGAAGCAAGAAAACCUGCCCAAGGUAAAUAAAAACAUUUAAAAUCCUGUGUCGUACAUUCUUCCCAUGUCAAGAAUGCCUCCAACUCGGUGUGUGGUUCUCGAAGCAAACCAUACAGGAUCUGGUUGUCUUUAACAUAACCCUGGGAGACCAGGGUUAGGAUCCCCACUCGGCCAUGAAUUUCACUGGGUCACCUUGGGCUAGUCACAGCCUCCUAGCCUGUGAGGAUAAAAGGGAGGGCAGGAGAAGGGUGUUCACCACCUUCAGCUCCUUGGAGAAAAGGGGGGAUAUCAAACAAACAAACAAACAGUGUUUCGAAGCUCCCAGGGCCUUCCGUUACUUUGGAAUGGCUCUCCCCUCUGGCAGAGAUAGGCAAGGUUCACAUCCUCAUGAAUCAUCUCUGGCAGCCUCUCCACUCCCAAGACCAGUUCUCUGCAACAUGCAGAUUAUUUGGGUCUAGAUGGAGCUCUUAAAAACCCAGCUGUUUAGCUUUGUUACAAAAGCUUUUAAAUGUUGUAUCUGCUUCUCUGUUUUGCCCUCCCCAUCCCAAAUUAUUUUUCCCACUGACACAUGCACGAGGGACUGCAGGACUCACAAGGGAUUCCUAGAGGGGUAGGAACAUCAGCAGGAGACCUGGUAGUUUACUGCUGUUUGCCUGGCUACAAACCACCCAGGAAGAGCUUGAAAGAGGAGGUGUGAGACAGUGGGGGUCUCCAUGGGGGCCAGGUACAAAACAGAGCAUUAUAGCAUUAAAGAGCAGCAAGUUGAGUGAUGGGAAGCUGUAAGGCCAGGAAGUACUCAGGCUUCAAAACAUAAGUUGGUGUGAACUGGGGACAAGCGCUGGAGAAAGGAGGGAGUGAGGACCUCUCCCACUCUCAUGGGAACAGCUCCCCCCUUUCAAAAAGCCCCAAAGCCAACAGGACAGCAACAUGGGCUCCAAAUUACUGCAGCGGAUGCCAAGCCAUACUGCAAAGGAAGAUCCAAACAGGACUGCCAUUCGGCUGGUGGGUUCAGACUUAAGCCCUGCUUUUGUCAGGUGUGGGUUGUGCUACAGAGGUGGAAUCUACACACAUAUAAAAACUGUUCUGAAAAUGCCUUUUAAAGCGUUUUUAAAAUUCGUUGAAUUUUCCAUAAGGCUCACCAUCGCCAUCUAGUGUCGCAUUGUAUAUUGCACCUAAAAUGUUUUAUUUGCAGCUGUAUUGCUGAGUCCAGAGAUCUUGAUUGUAGAAGAGUCCUCUUUUUCUUUUUCCUUCUAGGCUGCUCAGUUACAAAAUAGAAAUAUGCUGAAAGCCUCAGAAACGAAUAAAGGUAUGUUAUAACAAAUGUUAUUGUGGUAAUUAAAUGGCAGAGUUUGGUCAUUAAUACCAUAGGCAUCUGUUGCACAGGGUUCCAGCUGUCACUUUGCAUGCUGAUAGAUAGGUUUUACUGACAAGCAACAGAAGUGGUGGCUAAAACAAAUACCGUUAUAAUCCUCACUUUUGUGUUUUUAUAUGGAACACUCCUCCAGCAUACAGGCAAACACGUAUCACUUAAUUGCACUGCAACUUGGCUUUAGAUUUGUACCUUUUUUACAGUUAAUGGUCAGAAUCCAACAUGGAGAGUGACAUCGCAGUGCUGUGCAUAACUAUUUAGAAGUACCGUAUUUUUUGCUCUAUAAUACUCACUUUUUUCCUCCUAAAAAGUAAAGGGAAAUGUGUGUGCGUCUUAUGGAGCGAAUGCAGGCUGCGCAGCUAUCCCAGAAGCCAGAACAGCAAGAGAGAUCACUGCUUUCGCUGUGCAGCGAUCCCUCUUGUUGUUCCGGCUUCUGAGAUUCAGAAUAUUUUUUUUCUUGUUUUCCUCCUCCAAAAACUAGGUGCGUCUUGUGGUCUGGUGCGUCUUAUAGAGCGAAAAAUACGGGUAAAUCUCACUGACUUCAGUGGGACUGAACUCCUUGGCGUUGUACUGCAGACUUCGCACUUCAAUACUUUGGGAAUAAAUUGCCUUAAACACAACUAUCUCAGUUGGACUGUGGCCUAAACUGUGCACUGCACCUGAAUGGUUAAGCUGGACAUAUUGUUCUGAAAUAAAUAAAUAAAUAAAUAAAUCUUUAAAUGCUCAAGGAAGUUUUUGUCAGCAAGCUCUGUCACCUGCCGAUUAAAGUGGUAUAGUCCUGGACCAGCCUUGCUCUGUGAUUCUGCUGAUCGAAGUAAACUGGUUCUUAGUCUCAUUUCAUGCCAGCGUGACCUCAGUGACUUAAAGCUAGACUUGAAUAAUGUGUUUGUAGACUGUUCCAGUUUCCAAACUGUAUUACCCAGUAGCAAAUUACGAAGUAAAAUACAUGUCAGUAUGUUGCAAUAAUUUGGGUUUCCCCCUCCAGAAUAUAGAAGCUUGCCUACUUCACCAACUCUACAAGUUUCUCACAGUGCCCUUGGUCAAGGACACAAGAAAAAGAAAAUCGGCGUUAGAGUUUCAUUCUUAGGAGCUAAAUCACAAGAGCUGCCCAAGACAGACCCUAAUUUGAAGUUCCACAAUGAGGCUGAAGCAUAUGAAAAGAUCACAAGCCAUGCUAUUUUUACACCCCAUCCAGGUAAAAUUGUUUUUUAAGUGUUUCUGUGGCCUUGCUGUACAUCUAAAAUACAGCUGCCACUGAAAGCAGCAGCAGCAGCAGCCAUGCAUCUACCUCCCCCACCCUCCCAGCCCUGUUUUGUCAAACUUAACCUGUGUUUUGAUGUCUCAGUCAGUAUCCAUGACUCUUCAAAAUAAGGGAUAUGGGAUAGGGAUCAGUUCUGCUAGAUUGUAUGAAGAGGAAUGUGGGAGCUAGAUGUCUGGCUGCUGUUUUCAGCAAAGAUUGUUGGCUGUGGCAGUUGUCUUUCUGAAAUAGAGGGAUUGUCUUAGAUCUGGGACUCUGUGCCUCAAACAUAUGUGCUAAUUCCUAACCAUCUUUAUGAUAAGAGUGCCACCAUGUGGAUUAGCCCAGUAUUUCACUAGUUAUUUAUGUACUUCAUUUGUUCGGCUUCAGUUGAACCUAUUUCUCUGCAGAGAAAAUGAGCUUAUCUGUAUCUCACGGUAUCUCUUGGGAUAGCUAAGCCACGAGCCAAACUAUGACUUAAUUCAGCACAGGGCAGCAGCAAAUGGCCAGGUAGGAACAGAGUAGACAUGAUCACCUGUCCAGGAGCCCAUGCAUUUGCUAAUUGGUUCUGACCUGUGUUCUGGCUUAAUAUUAUGUGUGAACUGGGCCUAUGAGAACCUACAUAUUGAAACAUCCGGCAUUUGUUAUGAGAACGGUUUCAACUGACCCACAGAGCAGCAGAUGUAACUCCUGCACAUGACAUAAUGUGCACAACUGGAAAAGGAAUAUAGUUUGCUUAUAUCGAGAUCAUCUUGUUAUGAAAGUUGCUGGGAGCCAGUGCAGUGUUCUGGUUAGAGUGUCAGGCUAGCACCUGGGGACAAGAGUCCAUAUCUUCACUCAGCUAUGAUGCCAGUCACUGCCUCUCAGCCUAGCCGACCUCACAGGGGAGGAAUAUAAAUGCUUUUUAUUAUUAUUAAGAAUUCUGCUAUUUCAUGCUUUAGUGUUUUUUCACCUAGACUGAAACCAUUAUGUUCAAAUACUUUUUCCAUUUGUAGCCCCACCAGAAGUCAAUGAAAUAGUAGUUACUUCUCAGAAGACAACAACGGGACAUGGCCAGAAGGUACCUGAACGUGAAAGGCUAAAGAGCAAAGACCUAAAGAAUGGAGAUAAUGUCAAAAAUGUGUCAGUUUGAGAUCAAGCCAACUUCUCUAGUGGAUCAGUUAUAACAAAACGGGUACACUGAAGAUUCCUAAGGAUAUGUGUUUGCACCUGAUCACUGAUACUAGCAUGGAUUGGCUAAGUUUUCCCCCCUUAUCAGCAUUCCAUUUCCUGGUGUGUGUUUUUCGAAUGAAAGUUAGUACUUCAUUUAAAGAGGCACUAAGUUCCCCUUCUAUUUCCUUAUCCUGGUAACUGACUCCUCCAUAAUAGGAUCCCAAUUCCUUUCUGAAAUCUGUGCAUAUUCAUCUCCUUUUCAUUAGUGAAGUAAUUCCCCCCUUUUUUCUGGUAGCUAUCUGUGUAUUCAUAUGGAAAUGAUGUUUAUCUCCCAGCACAUAAUUCCAGUGUUUAACAGUUUACACAUGCUGCCCAUAUGCUACUGGGCCAACUACAAAGUUAAUGUAUUAAUUUAGAAAGCCUUUAACAACUUGAGUCUAGGAUAUCUUCAAUACUGUUUGAUGUGUUAUAUCCCUGUUAGAUCACUCCCGUCUUUGUGGGAGUGGCUCUAAGUGGUUCCCCAUGACUCAGGCACACAGCUCAGUAAUUUCCCCUUUUGGCAUAGACAACGUACCUUAAGUUUUCAUUCCUGGUUUGUAAUUCUCCUGAAAUGUUUCUCCUGAAAUGUUUCAGAAAAAUCCCCUCCUUGUUUUUCUUCACUGCUUCAGGAUUAUUUGAUAGGCAUGAGUGCACCAAUACAUUUAUGUGUAUUGGUGAGCCAGUCAAGAGCUCAUCAUCUUCAAAGGCAACCUGUCAAGGAUAGCAACGCCUUCUUACAUAAGUCAGUAACCCACAAAAUGUUUACUAGCCAGUCAUACAUUAUUAGUAAUUUGUAAUCUGUAAGAGGUUUUCAUAAACCUUCUGUGACUCAUUGGCUGGUUGCAUUUCUUCUCGCCAUAGCUGACUUGGCGACUUAACUAUUUUCUAUGAACAUGGAUUAAUAAUGGGACAAGAAAAUUGCCUGAAAAAGGUGCCGUGCUUUGACCCGAGAGCCAAGAGAAUCUUUUCCCAAUUGUCUUCUUGAUCCAUUUGUCAUAUUCCCUAAAAUAGUUGCUUCCCUCUUUUUCAGAUUUAGGGACCAUGCUCCUCCAGUGCUUGAACCCUGUUAGCUGAGUUAACCUGCCUCUUGCUUUUUCUGUCAGCAAAGAUUCAAAUCUGAGUUUGCACUUGCCUGCUGCACACCUGCCUCCUUGCUUCAUUGUGUGUUUGGUUCCAUUUCCAUUUGUUCUAUCCUUGUUCCUCUUCCUUGUUCCACUUCUAACCCAGCCUUCUGAUCUACUAGCAGCUUUGUAUGUUCCUUCCUUUGCAUAUAGCCUAGGACUAACAGUUUAGUUGAUUAAGAGCUUUAUGGCCAGAGAGUAGAUUUAUCUUUAUUCUUCUGCCCAUGAGCUUGAAAAUAUCACUUCUAAACAUGGCAGCCAUAUGCAUCUGAUCACUACCAGAGGAGUGAGUGGGGGCAGCAGAAUGCUAAGCAACCCUUUGGAUUUUAGCUGUUUGACUAAUAAGCUAGUCUGUAUGCCAUUUACUUCCGGUAAAGAGCCCUGUGCACUGAUCUGACAAAGGUGAGUGCUGGGGACUAGAUAUGCUAAUUGGAGCGCAUGUGCCUAUCAGCCUUCCAGGCAAUUCUGAACGCCAGAGCAUUAUGGAUAAGGUGAGAAUACAUUACUUUGUUCAUUUUGCAGUGGUAAUGGGAAAGCACAGGCUUCUCACUGGGCCAGGCCGCAGGCUGCAUGCAGCUCCUCGUUUUAAGCUGUGUCUAGAUCCUGCACAAUAGUGAUUGGGGAGCUCACAACAUUUUUCUGUGUGCAGUGCCUGUUAAUCUAUCCUGCCCAGGCUAGCAAACAUCAAGUAGUAAAAUAGCACUAUUAAAAAUAAAACAAAAGUGUAUUUAAAACAAUUAAAAGCACUUAAAAGCAGUAAGAAUUCUUUUUAAAAACAUGUAAACAUUAAAGUAUUUUUUUUUAUUUUUUAAAGUGCAAACCUCAAGGAGUAGUUCAGCUGGCGGAUGAAGGGCUGUAUGAAACAGGACUUGAAUGUCUUCUAGACUUGGUUGAUAAACACUGGAAUGGUUGCAAAUCGCUUCAUUGCAACCAAACUUUUUUAUGUAAGUACGAGUCAUUUGUUGGGGAUGUGUGUUUCUCCGUGAUAAUUGGGCUCCUUCCUCCUGCAAGGUGACUUGCGGGUAACAAUAGAUCGGUUUCCCCCAUUGAUUUCUCCAACCCCGGCGACAGGUUUGACAGAUGUGCACUGCUUUUCACCUGGCAGAAAUAGUCCCAGUAGGGAAAUGAGAGGUAGCCUUUUAUUUUUCCUCACAUGUUUUUGGCCUCUUUAGCACCGUUCACUGCAUUUGCUCAAGGAGCAAGACUGGCCAGUAUAAAGGCUUAUUGUGCCAUUUCAUGAGGUUAUUCUGAACUGCUGCUGGGAUGGACACCUGUUGUUAGCAACACAAAAGUGGUCCCUUUCCUUGGGAAACAGGAGAUUACUCCGGAGAGUGAUGGGAGGAGUGUCAGCCAGAGGAGAAGCAAGGUGAGCAGCGCUUACCUGGGCGAAGGCAUCUUCCCAAACUGGCAUUGGUUACCUCGGUUUCUUCAUGUUAUGAAGCACAGUGGGGCAAGGGAGGGAGUGGGGGAUCCCAACGCCUAGUCUCUCUGCCUGGAAAUAAUCACAGGAAGAAAAUGCUCUGAAGAGGUCUCAUGUGAUCAACACUGUGUUUUGCAAUGUGACCCCAUGUCUCAAUAGAUAGGAUUAGACUUGAGGGUAUUUGGCUCAUCAUAAGGAAUUUGAAAAGGGGCUUCUGUUUAAACUGGGGCCUGGAGAACCAGGGGUUGAGUGGCUCAGUAGUGAUGCUAUAAAAGGGCCAUGGGUCACAGGAGCAAAUAACAAAUUUUCCUGCAGCAGAAUUUCUUUGUGAACUUAAAAAUACAAAGGCGUGUCCAUCGGACAUCGCCUUCUGCUCUCAUAGUAAAGCAGCUCUGUUAGGAUCAAUUUUGCUGAGGUUACUUGCAAGUAAAAGCCAUGCUGCUCUACUGGAACCGUGAAUUUGUAAAGACUGAGCAGGUAGUUUGAAGGAAAUUACACCCCUGCCCCCCCCCCAAACCUGGUCACUAAAUAUGAACUUAGAAAAAUCUCCUUUAAUUCCUAGCUCAGGCAGAAACUGUUUUGUCUGCAAUUCAGAAAUCCACACCCACAGAUCAACAGAGACCUCCUGCAGCACACCAAGAGCUGAAUAACCUUCGGUUAGAGAGACAGGCUUUGCAAAAGCGUAUCUCUGAGCAAGAAGAGCAAUACAAUGCCAAGAUCAACAGUUUGGCAUCAGACUUGAAUAGUGCUAAGAAAGACAGGGUAAGUAGAAUGCAGUAUUCCGCAACCCCAUGAUUUCCCUGUGCAUAUAGGUAUCUACAUACAUAUAAACCGUGUUCUAAUCUGGGAUGGCAAGAUGCAGCUGUCAAACUCCCAACAAUCAGUUUCAGAUUUUUUUAAAAAUGCAUUUAUUCGAACUUAAAACCCAUCCAAAGGACCUAUGGUGCAGGAUGCUAUACUAGUUUUCCUGUAUUGCUGAUUACCAGAUUUGUCUUCUAUCAUUUUUUGCUUAAUGUUGCUUCUGCCAGUCAUAGGGAAGAGUUCAGCAAUUGGUGACAAGUUCAGCAAUUCACUCUGGUUUCCGAUGUUUCAGCAAGCAUUGACUAUGUACUCCUAGGCAAAGGGGUAGAAAUUUGCUUUAUUUUUAAAAGGAAAGUUGAGGUUUUGUUUCCAAUGUCACAUUCUGUCCUUUUUGUGGAAGUUCAGCAUGUACACAGCCAUCACUAAAGGCCACGAAAAGCACAAAUCCUGCCUAAUGAAUCUCUCCCCAGGCAGCAGUGGUCUACUUUUCAGGGCAGAAUUUCUCCAAACUUGUCUGCAAAUCAGAGAUUUCUUUCUUUUCCGUUUAAGCCACCUUAACUAUAGAAGCUCUAUAAUUCCUUCAAAAUACAAAGCAAACACUGAAAUUCAGACCAUUCUAAUUUAUUUUGUCUUCUGGUGUUGCGUUUGUAGCAGCUGUUGCUUGAUCCGCAGGGUCUAUUCUGAUUACUUUUAGCUCAGAGGAUCACUGGGAUCCCACAGUAGUUGGAGCAGCUGCUGGGUAGAAUCUGUAGGCAGGAGUGCUCAGAGGUUGCACCCACACUGGCAGCUGGAGCUUCCCAUUUGCUUCUGUCAGAGCUCUGCAGGGCAUAUCAUUGAAAGGCUUAUAGCCCCUUUAUGGAAUUAUUGGUGUACUUGGCCAGUAUUUCAAGCCACUAAUAUUGGGUAACACAUGCCUGAAUUCCUUGUUCUUCAUUUUACUGUAAUUUACUGGUCAGCAGCUUGAGCUAAAUACAGUCAAUUAGUCACUACAAAUCCCUCUUUCUUUCCUCAUCUUGUUGGAUUUCUGUCUCACAUCCACCCGACUACUUUUUCUCUGUCCGCAGAGCAUAUAGGAUAGGGUUAAUUCCUCGUCAGAAGACAGGGUCAAAUUGCCCCUGAAAACUCUUCCCAGUUCAGUCAUAUAAACAUGCUUUACCUGCUACCACUGACAUCAGAUCAGUGUUCCCUGGGAGUGUGGCCCUGUCAGAACAGGGGACAGGAAGAGGACACCUGCAUGAAGCCUUGGCCUUGGCCUUUAAAUGCCCUGGCUCCUGCUGGAUGGAGGACUUGAACUCAGAUCUUCUUCCUCUUUCACUUUCUUGGUUGCUCAAAUUGGUACAGAAUGUAAAAGUCAGCAAGGGUUAAUGGGAACAACAGGUGCCAUGCAUGGCUAAGCAGGUAAAGACGUUGGUCCAACCAGCUUGCCCCUUUCUACUCCCUUGGUGAUGCUGCCGGCCAUCCUUUCUCCUCCAAAGCCCCUCGUGCCGCACAGCUGAGAGGGAGCUACUUGACCUGUGUCUCAGUCAGGUGAUUCCCUGCACCAACGCCAGCGGAGAAGCCUCUCAUCCUCGCCUGUGUGAGGGGUCUUAAUGUAGGCCUGUCAACAGAGUCUGAAAUGUAGGGUGAAUCCUUGCCAACCCGUCUGGGUUGUCCUGUGUCUCUCACUUUGUGUAGUUUAACGAACCAAUGGGGUUGUGCUGACCUAGAGUGUGGUGGGUGGGGGACUAGUGGGAUUAGGAUUAGAUUUGGGUUAAAGAGUGGGGGAUAGAUUAUAGAGAGUAUCAGGGAAGGCCCAUGGAGUAGCCAUAAUACUUAGUAGAGACCUGAACUUCAAAGCCACAACAAAGGGCAGAAGAGGCAGAUUCAUUUUUGCUAAAGGGACACUAGAUGGCAAAAUUAAACUAUCAAUCAGCUCCAUAUAUGCCCCAAACUUGAAACAACUAGAAUUCACCCGAAAAACACUAAACAAGUUCCUCUCCUUCUCUGAAGGGGAAGCAAUCCUAGGAGGUGAUCUCAAUCUUAAUAUGAAAGGUAUAUCCCUGAAAAACAUCCACCCUACAACCCCAUAGGCAACCUUCCUCUGAAGGAAACCCCCAACAAUUAGGGAAUCUUACAAGUUACUAAAAAUGCUAAAAAACGGGUCUCUAUGACAUUUGGGGUGAGCAAAACCCAGGAGACAUCAUCCAUACAUUCCAAUCCGGAUGCCAUGGUACAGUGUCCAGACUGGACGGCAUUCUGCUCACACAAGGUCUGAUCCCCUCAGUGGAGUCAACAAACAUAGGUAACACAAAAAUCACAGAUCACGCCCCAAUAGAAGUCACCAUUAAAAUAGGAGAGGGAACACAAACCACCCCAUCAUGGUCCUUCAGUCCCAUCCUAACCACAAAUAAACAAAUUAGAGAGAGUCUCACAAAAACACUCCAAAACUACUUCAAGGAAAAUGAUGUAGACAAUAUAACAGAGUCUGAAAUGCUACUUUAAUCAUUUGUGAUGCCUAAUAAAGGUUUGGUGAAGUAAUAGCUACUUUAAUCAUUUUCUCUGUCUCAUCGUUUUCUCCUUUCUACACUCCCCAUUGUAUUAGGAUAUAUUGAAGCAUAAUUUAGACAAAUUACUGAAAGAACAUGCAGCUCUGAAAGUCCACAGUCCCAGAAUGGAACAAAGGACCCAGAAUGCAGAGGCCACUCAGGCAGAACCACUGCAGAUAAUCAGUAAGUUUCUAAAAAUAUGUAUCUGAAUAAAGCAGUCCAUGUGUUUGUUUGAACACAUGAAGAUUCUGUAUCCUCCAUCCAAUAAAGGGCAACUUUGUAAGUUUAUAGCAGUUGAGGGAGGGGCAGCCUAGAGCAGAGAUCCUGCAAAUGGCAUAUGGAACUUUGCAUGUACAUUUUGGUCUUUUCUAGCCUUGCACUAAUCACUGCAGACUCCUUAUGAAUAGCAUUUGCUGCAGCGCGAGGGGGAGAUGAGCCUAUCCCUAGUGUACAGGCAAAGAUGCUUCGGAACAGUCUAACUGGUGGUGUCUGGAAAGGACCGUGAACCUGGCAGGGCCACCAGGCCAGCUAAGUGGGGGUGGGUGGUCACCAGAAGCAGGACUGUGAUGUCUUUCAUCUUGCAUAUUGGGCUGUCUUUUAAAACACACUAACAAACACAAAUAUUGCCAUCAUGUAUUCAAGCACAUUGUCACACGGAGACCCGGUCACAUAAGAAGCCUGCUGAGCAGAUUUAUAAUUCCCUUAAAUUCCUGCUGAUUGGUUUUCAGAAUGAUAACUGUGUACAAUUCACUCAGAUUAAGGUGCCCACACUUUCCACCUGGGGUCUGAUAUAAAAAAGCAUAUCAAAUAUAUGCAUUAUUGGGGUUUGUAAAACGGCAUUUCAGAGGAGUAAAUCUCAAAAGUUCCAAAAUUUCUUAACCCUCGUGUCUGAACUGAUUUCGCUCUCUGUCUCAGUCCUGUUGUGCUAGAUCGUGUUGAGAUCCCAAUGCUUUGCUCAUAGGAAAAGGUCACUAUCUCAUCAGUUGGCAGCUGCUACCCCAAAGACCUUUUUUGGUCCUCUUUUUAACCCCACUCUUUGUUUCAUGGGAACUGGGGGUGGUAGACAAUAUAAUUAAAAUACAAUGCUUGCAAAGAUUAAAACUUUUUAAAAAUACAUCACUAUAACUUAUACAAGUAGAGUUAAACUUGCUUCAAUUUUAUAUCAAUACUCAUAAUUCAGUACCCAUCAGUGGGCAUCCCCUGCCGACUUCAGGGCACAAGUUGGCUGGCACUGGAGGAGGAAUUUCUUUAAGUACUUGGGCCUCCAAGCUUUGUGCUUUGUACACCAGCAUCAAAACCUUGAAUUGGGGUUGGUAGCUCACAAGCAGCCAGUGUGCUGCCUUUUGGAUCCAUGACACACUCAACUGCUUGGCUCAGCUGACAAAUACCCAUUCCUUCUGAUCUUUUUCAUAUGGCUCGGGGAAAUGCAACGAAUGGGAGUGCAACAAGCAAGCCCUUUCUCCUCAUCUUUUUCAUAUAUACUUCCCUGUCAUGCAGUGCUAACACCUUUUUUAAGUAAGAUGGUUGCUUAUGGCUAUAGAUUCUUUCUCUCUCCAGAACUUGAAAACCACCACAAGCUGUUGGCUGAUGAAAAUGCCAGUUUGAAACAGCGCCUCCAGCACUUUGACAAGAUGCAGGAACUCACAAAGAUGUUGCAGGAAAGCCACAGGUAGAAGCUUGGUACUGGAUGUUAAGUGGAAGCUCUCAAGAUUUCAAAUGUUUGGCCAUUUAAAAAUUUGUUCUUGUGUUCAAUGGCAUCCGCUUCUCCCAAUGUAUGGUCACUGUCUUUGCCAAGCUGCUUCCAGCACAUGUUCUUUCAUCUCCCUCCACACAGAAGUGCUCCUCCUUGCUUGACCCCAAGCUCUGCUCAGCCACGUUGGCCACCUGGAACCUCCAGUGCUCAACGUAUAAAUACUAUACGUUGAGAAAAGUGAGGAAAUGGAGGGCUGACCCAAGAGGAGAGAAGUGAUUGCACAAGUAGACAAGCUGAGUGAAAGGUCGAGGCAGGGUCUGAAUCACAAACGCCAAGAACCAGCUGUUCUUAUACAAGUUUAAUUUCACUCCAGGUUCUCUUCCACCCUGCUUACCCCCCAAAACUUGGUUCCCAAUUUUUCCUCCCUGACUGCCCCCCUCAAAAAAAGACUUGUCGUUUUUCUCAUUCUUACCUCCAGUUCUUGCAUUUGCAAUCCCUUAGUGUUAAGAGAGAGAGAGAAAGUACCAACAGGUCUCAAACAAAAUGGACAAGUAAGGAGAAGGCUACCUUAAGGCAUGUGAAAAAAUGCACAUGAGCAUCUAUUUGUUAUCCUGUAGAAGAGAAAGGGAUUCCCCCCCCGCCCCCAUUAUUGAACCAGUGGAGCAAAGGGGUAGAAAGAACUGGCUCCCUUUUGACAGCCCAGCAGCCAAGACAUGCUUUCAAGCAACAAAAUAUGUUAUCUGUGAUCUCUCCAGGUUUGAGUGCAGCUGUGUGCGCGCAGGGCUGUUCUUCACAUCUGUAGGUUCCAUGGUUUAUUUUGUAACAUAAUAAUUGAUUUUCUUUUUUUAAAAAAAUGCAACGCUUUCUUGCAGAACCUUGGUUUCUACAAAUGAACGUCUCUUAAAAGAACUGGAAGAGGCACGUUGCCGACACAAGGUGGAAGUGGAGCAACUACACUGGAACUACAAUCAGUUAAAGAAAACGCUUCCUCCUAGCAACAUCACCCAAAAUUAACAGCAGCAGAUGUUAAUAACAGUGAAAGGCAUGUGAGUGUAAAUGAUUUAUAAAGGAUGACAAACCCUUGGGGUUAUUUACUUCCAUGAACCAACCAGCUUUUAACACUGUGGCUGAUUUCUCUUGUACCUCAUUUUUUUAGAUAUCCUCCCCAUGGUUUUUGAAUAUAGGAGUGAAUAUAUUAAAUUAUUGAAUGAUUUUAAUGCAUUAUUCGAUCAAUGGCAAUUUAUAUGGAGUUUUUAAGUAAAAUAAAAUUGAUCUCUUCUACUGUGAAUUUUGUAUUCACCUCAAACUUUUUCAAAUAGGGAUCAUGUUUAUCACUGACCAAGUUAUUGUUGCAGAGCUGUGUGCUGAUGCUUUAGGAACAGCUGCAAAACCAUGGCCUUAAGACAUGCUUCAACUUUGAGCAUUUCUGCACAUGGAAUGAAGUUUAGCAGUCAUGUGACUUGCAGUACAAUCCUGUCCAUGUUUUCUUGGACUGCAGCCUUAGAAGGGAUGAGGGAUUCUCAUACUGUUGCAGGUGCUUUAAAAAUAAUAUUCCUAGCUUAUUCUUUCACUUAUCCUGUCCUUGAAUGUGUUAUCUGUGGAUCAAGAAUUAACCUUUGGCAUAUGAGAUCAGUAGCUGCUGUUUCCAUAUUCCAUUAAAAAGAUGCUGUUUCAACAAUACUGUCCACAUCUUCAUUGAUACCAUUUGAUCAACUAAUUAGGUUGAUUGCUCACUGAGAUCCAGUUUCUCUCUGCAUUCUGGCAGUUCCAAAUUUCUGCUGGUGGGAAAUAUCAUGGUGUGUUUCCUAUGUUACUGAAGUGACCUUUUAUUUUCUUUAACAUUUUGGACAAUUAUUUCUGGAUUUCAAACCACUGAAAUUUUGCAUCUGCUGAUGGAAUGGCAAGUAAAGGAUUUGCCAGUCAACGUGCCUUUCCAAGUCCAACUGAUCCCUGUAGGGUGGCAUCCAGAGCCCCAUGGUUGCAGCCUCAAAUUCCUUUGGUACUACUUUUGAACAAAAAGCAUCUCCUAUGGUAAUAUGUUCCCUGCUGAAACAGCACCUUCCUUUUCACAAUCAGAUGGGCAGGGUACAAAUAAAAUAAUAAAAAUAGUAAUAGUAAUAACAAUAGUACUGUUGUUGUUAUAUUCCAGAACAGACGUUUGGCUGUGCAGUGUUUGCACAUGGGUGUGUUUUAAAAUGAAACCAUGCAAUAUAUGCUUUUCCUACUCAAUAAAUGUAAGUAGACCAGAUAAAAAGCCUCUCUAAAUGCAUUUAAUUUUAAAACUUCCAACAAUUUUUUUUAUCUUGUUUUCCAGAUAAGGCAUUCUAGAAUUGCAGAGAAAAGGGCAAAUUCCAUGCUAGGGCUCCUUAUGAAAUGAAUUGAAAAUAAAACUGCCGCUAUCAUAAUACCGUCAUACAAA